ACUGAUCUGACAGGAAUCGUUAUGAGCAAGAGUCCAGCCAUACUGCUCAUGGCUUGCUCUCUCUCACCAUUCUGUAGCUUAAGCCAAGCUUUUUGCAGGCACAAUCUUUUCCACUACCCCAAAAUGAGAGCCCAGAAGCUCAGAGAUAAUGGUGAGUCUGGAAAUAUUGUUGAUGCAAACAUGAGGGUUUUGAGAGAGAGAAUGAGGCACGUGAAGAAGAAAGAGAUGGCGAUGAGUACAAGAGGGUGGAAUUAUAAGCAAAGUUAUGAUGAUCACCAUAAUAUGCACAAGAGAGAAGCUGUGAUAUCAGAAAUUGCAGAGACGAUGGGUUUGGCUUGUGGUGCAAUUGGACUUGUGUUUCUCAGUGGUUCUCUUUGCAUCUUCCUUGUGUCUUUCCUAAUUUCUCAUCAUGUGUAA